AAAAUGCAUUUUUGGCCUUGAGUGACAAUGGCUUUUUUCAAUUUGAAUACUUCCAUUUGAACGGGUUAGCAACAUGUACAGAAAUAGGCAACCGGAUCCUUUACAUAAUUAUGAAAUCAGUUCGUAAACAAACAAAAGUCUGUGAUGAACAUUUCACCAAGCAUACUCUUAAUUAUUUAAUGAAAAUAGUUUGAAAUAUUCCAGUAUGUGCAUCAGCAUUAGAUAAUGUCAAUUAAGAAUGAAUUGUUAAAAUUGGAGGUGAGUUUUAUCAUUGAAUAGCUUUUUCUGGAGUCCUUAAGCAUGGCAAGGAUACCAGUAAUGAGUGUAUCAGCAUCCAUUAAUGAUCCUGUUGCUGUUAUGAAUACUUACUGCUCAUAUGUAUCAAUGUUCAUAGAUCCUGUUGCAAAGGAGGAAAGUAAAUUGAAAGCUUUGCCAGAAUUGAGUGGAGAGCUUGAAACUAUUAUUAGUGAUCCACAAUAUCCUUCAUUUUUGGAUCAGGCUAUAAAAAUUUUCAUCAGAAUUUUAGGAGAUGAAGAACCACAGUUCAUUGCUGAAAAAACCACCCAUGUAUGUAUUUUCAUGUCAUGCCAAUGGAUCAUUUUGUAUAUUUUAAUUUGCAAAAUGAGGAAAACAUUAGUAGUUUUUAGAAUAAUCAUAGAAUUUCAUAAGGCCACCAUGCAGUGUGGAGGAGCAAUCCAUCUUUCAACAAAGAUGUUGAACAUGUUGACUUUAUGCAUGCAUAGAUAAAAACAUUAUCUUUUCUGGCUUACCUAGUUAGAAUAUAUGAAAAUGUUGUGAAUGAAUAUUCCUCGCAGUUUGCUAAAGGAAUGAUAGGAUUGUUGUGUCUAUGUCCGCAAGAAGUGGCCCACUUGCACAAAGAAUUGCUUGUAGCAGCCCGUCAUAUUUUAGCCACAGAGCUAAGA